AUCUUCUCACAAAUUCCAUGUUCCACUUGGGAAACAAGGACAACAAAUCAAUAAGGACAAAAGGACUCCUCCACGCAUUGUCGACAACGAAGCCAAAGCCAUGAGCUUCUGUCUCUCUUCAAAAACUCCCAACUUCCAAUUUUAUUAACAUCCAAAUCUCAUAAAAACAGAGCAAAAAAACCCAGAAGAAGAACAUCAGCUCUGUGCUCAAAACCCAGAAGGCUGCUUUCCUUGAAUUCUCAGGGGGUUCUGACUUCUACUUGGGUUUUUGAUCAAUUACAAAACCCACCAAGGAUUUCCCUCUUCUUUCUUCUCUUGGUUAGUUCUUCUGCAACUAGUUUCUGUCUUCAGCUGCUUCUGUUGUUCUACUUGUGAUUUCUCACGCGACUUCUCUCCUGAAUUUCAUUUGUUUUCUUUGGGAAUCUAAUCUGAUUUUAUCAUAGGUUUUUUGCCCAUUUUAGUCUUUCUAGUAGGGGUUUGAUUGAAUUUCUGAUAUUUUUCUUAGUACUGAUAAAAUCGAAACCCCUUUUUCUGAUAGUUUGGGGCCUUCUUCGCAUAUUUGAGAUCAUACAUUCUAUAAAUUCUUAGCCAAUUAGGUGCUAUUGCUGAGGAGUAAGGCCUGCUUUUGUCUGAAAAGCACUUUGGUUAUAAGUGCUUUUGUUUGUUGUUGUUGUGAAUGCUUGUUUGAGAGUACACAUUUUUCUCAAAUUGUGAAUUCGUGCAAUUUGGUUCUUGCAUAAACACUAGGAAUAGGGUACUUGUUUAGAAAUCCCCUGAAUUAUUCGGCCAACUUUGUUAUCCAAUUAAUUACCAAAUCAUUCUUGUUUGAUAUACAUAUGGCACCAAUGUUUCAAGACGAAGGGUCGUCGUCUGCAACUUCAUCUCCUCUCCAAUGCUUUUCCAUGAUUUCGCUUUCACCUAGUUUAGGCUCACCAUACCCUUGGCUUAAAGAACUCAAAUCCGAGGACCGCGGUUUGUAUUUGAUCCACUUGUUGCUCACUUGUGCAAACCAUGUUGCCACCGGAAGCCUUGAAAAUGCAAAUGUCGCCCUUGAGCAAAUCUCCCAACUCGCCGCUGCUGACGGUGAUACCAUGCAGCGGAUUGCUGCCUACUUCACCGAGGCUCUUGCUGAUCGAAUCCUCAAAGCUUGGCCCGGUCUUCACAGGGCACUGAAUUCCACUAAAAUAUCUUUGGUUUCAGAUGAAAUUCUAGUUCGGAAAGUGUUUUUCGAGAUGCUUCCCUUCCUAAAGGUGGCUUUUGUGCUCACAAACCAAGCUAUUAUGGAAGCCAUGGAAGGGGAAAAGAUGGUGCAUAUAAUUGAUCUUAAUGCAGCUGAACCUGUUCAGUGGAUUACUCUUCUUCAAGUUUUAAGUGCAAGACCUGAAGGUCCGCCUCAUUUGAGAAUCACCGGUGUUCAUCAACGGAAAGAGGUACUGGAUCAAAUGGCUCAUAGGUUGACUGAGGAAGCCGAAAAAUUGGAUAUCCCAUUUCAGUUCUGUCCCAUAAUCAGCAAAUUGGAAAAUCUCGAUAUGGACAAACUUCGUGUCAAAACUGGCGAGGCUCUAGCUAUCAGCUCAGUUCUCCAGUUGCACUCCCUUUUGGCGUCGGAUGAUGGACUCCUGAAAAAGAAGUCCCCAUUAGCAUCAAGGGGUUCAAAUGGAAAUCACUUGCCAAGAGCAUUGCAAAUGAGCCAAGGCACAUUGGGUGAGUUGCUAGAGAAAGAGAUGGGUAACGGGUAUAGCCCGAGUCCUGAUUCAACCUCGUCAUCACCGCUAUCUUUAACUCCUUCGGCAAAAUUGGAUAGCUUUCUUAAUGCAUUUUGGGGUUUGACUCCGAAGGUUAUGGUAAUAACUGAGCAAGAUUCUAACCAUAAUGGAUCCACUCUGAUGGAGAGACUAUUGGAAUCUCUGUACUCGUAUGCUGCAUUGUUUGAUUGCUUGGAAUCUACGAUGUCGAGAACCUCAUUGGAGAGACUGAAGGUAGAGAAAAUGCUGUUUGGGGAAGAGAUAAAAAACAUUAUAGCUUGCGAGGGAUCUGAGAGGACCGAAAGACAUGAAAAGCUUGAGAAAUGGAUUCAAAGGCUUGAUUUAGCUGGCUUUGGAAAUGUGCCCUUGAGCUAUUACGGAAUGCUGCAGGCAAAGAGGAUGUUGCAGAGCUAUGGUUGCGACGGGUAUAGAAUGAGGGAAGAGAACGGUUGUGUGUUGAUUUCCUGGCAAGAUCGACCGCUGUUUUCGGUGUCAGCUUGGAGGUGCAGGAAGUAAAACAUGGAAUAUUGAUACUGAUCAUCGCAUAAUGUUCGAGUUUCUCGUCUAAUCAUGAAGAAUUUUGUCCAACUGAAUCUGUCUGCAUUUCAUUUGUUCAUGGAGGUUUCUUGUGUGUUCAUUUUCUUUUCCUUAUGUAUCUAAUUUAUUACAAGUGCCGCUGAUAUUUGAAACAAACACCCUAUUAAGUUU